AUGUGGGACUGUACUCUGGAGAUGUUAGCCGAGGUAUCUGUGGUGAACUGUCCUCAAGAGCAACCAAUGACAUUGCAGCAAAACGGCAUGAAUUAUCUUACCUUCGGUCCAGGCAUGCCCCCAUCCGUUCCUAGUAACCUGGUUGAAUCAGCAGUGUUGAAAUGGGCCGAUAUUACAAACGUGAUGUGGCCAAGUGACAACACAUUUGAUGCGAAUCUAGCAUGGUAUUAUUUCGCUAAUCUGAUUCGUGCAAGUACGAUUGCCGUCGGCUGUUCCAGUGCUGCAUGUGGUAUUAACGCAUCUGUCGCGUGUGUCUUCUCACAACCUAGUGUACAACCUGGUACAUUAGUGUACACGCCAGGAAAUCCAUGUCAAAAUGACGGACAAUGCACAAGAUUUAACCCAGGUUAUUGUGAAAAUGGACUAUGCGUGAAUGCUGCCAGGCCAGCUACAGCAACAACGACGGUAGCAUCAACAACACCUAGAAGAAGAAGCACAGAUUGCCCAAGCACCGCAUUCACUGCUGCAUUUAGAGAAACGGCCUUGGGUACUCACAAUAAUUUCAGAUCUCUAGUUGCAAGAGGUCUAGCAAGGAAUGGCGAAUAUGUGAAUGAAAAUGCACCACCGGCAUCACGAAUGGAAUUGCUGGAAUAUGACUGCGGUGCCGAGCAACUUGCUUUGAACCAUGUGAAAUCGUGCGAUAGACAACUAUCACCACCUGCUUCUCGCCCUGGUUACAAAGAAAACAUUCACAUUCUUGACACAACUGAGACCGACGCUUUGGGAGCCCUGCAAAAUAUUCUCUGGGGAGCAAACAAAUAUGUGGCUUGUGCAACUCAAAUGUGUAGUGGUUUCUAUUUCACUUCUUGCUUGUAUCGAGAACCGUAUGCUUUUGAUUUCGAUUUCGUUAAGACUAUAUGA